UAUCACAUUCUCUAUCGCAUUUACUGCCAAUAUUUUACAACGAACCCUGGCAAGCAGUGGCGACACGUCAUCCAUAUAGAAAUCAACUAACAAUCAAUUAAGCGAAACUCAACUUCGAAAAUCCAGUUUAAAAUAUGAAGGUAAACAGAGCGAGAAGGCCGCAAGAGCAGCCUGGCGCGAUGGCACCAUUCUCAAACAUUGUAUCUGUUAUGCUGCUGCUAAUCUUCCUGUCAGCCUUCUACCUGGUUAUUUCAUUUAAACCCCUAACGAAGCAAGAUCACAUCGAACGCAUCAACAGAAUGAACCAGGAAGUGGAACCGUUCAGGAAGAAUUUAUCCGAAUGCGCACGGCAAGUCAAAGCGUCAAUGGCGGACGUCGAACACUUUUUGAAGAGGAUACCCCAAUCUACGAUGCAAGGGAAGUGUUUAGUUGCCUGCAUUUUGAAAAGAAAUGAUAUUAUAAAGAAAAACAAAGUGGUACCGGAGAAUCUUAUAAAUGCCAACAAAGCGGUGUACGGUGAAGACGACGAGGUUAUGAAACGUCUAGGACUUGCUAUAGUUGAGUGCACGGGAGUAGUGCAAGGAAUAUUUGAGAUUUGCGAAUACGCGUCCUUAUUCAAUGACUGUAUGCAUAUGAAAAUGGAACAUAUUCUGGACAAAGUGAUGAUGGAGCGACGGAUGGAAGCGCUGGGACAGAUGACUGCAAAUAAUGACGAUUGGACUGAAGAAGAAGAUGAAAUCCUAAGACUAGCUAAAGACGAACUGUAGUGUUGGAAAAAUUAUAUUUUGAAAUAAUGAAAUUAUUUUAUUCGCA